AGAAACGAAGCUGCAUCAGGAAUACACUAAAUUACCAUCCCAACACUACAAAGAAAACACACACACACACUCCAUCUAUCUCUCGCCUUUGAUCAGUGUGGUCACGUACGAAGAGAAGAAAGAAACAAGGAGCUAAAUAAAAGAAAUGGGAUUUCCUUUUGAAGAAACCUUAAACUCAAACUCUAAAACCCAAACUGUUAUCGAUGAUGAUAAUGAAUUGGGUUUGAUGGCCGUGAGAAUAGCCAAUGCUGCCGCUUUUCCGAUGGUUCUCAAAGCUGCCCUAGAGCUCGGUGUCUUUGACACUCUCUACACCGCCUCGGUGUUCCUCUCACCUUCUGAGAUAUCAAGUCGGCUACCAAUCACACCUCGUAACCCAGGAGCACCGGUUUUGCUGGACCGGAUGCUUCGUCUACUAGCUAGUUACUCCAUGGUCCAGUGUGGUACGGUCCAAACCGGAAAGGGCGAGAGGGUCUACAGAGCCGAGCCAAUUUGCAGGUUCUUCUUGAAAGAUAACAUUCAAGAUAUGGGAUCCCUUGCUUCUCAAGUCAUUGUCAAUUUUGACAGUGUCUUCCUCAAUACCUGGGGACAACUAAAAGAUGUGGUGCUAGACGGAGGAGAUGCAUUUGGUCGUGCACAUGGUGGCAUGAAACUCUUUGACUAUAUGGGUACAGAUGAGAGAUUCAGCAAGCUCUUUAAUCAGACGGGAUUCACCAUCGCGGUCGUGAAGAAGGCUCUUGAAGUUUACCAAGGCUUCAAAGAUGUGGAUGUGUUGGUUGAUGUUGGAGGUGGAGUUGGCAACACCCUCGGUGUUGUUACUUCAAAGUAUCCAAAUAUUAAGGGUGUCAACUUUGAUCUGACUUGUGCCUUGGCACAAGCACCUUCUUACCCUGGAGUGGAACAUGUCGCAGGAGAUAUGUUCGUAGAUGUUCCAAAUGGAGAUGCCAUGAUCUUGAAGCGUAUACUUCAUGACUGGAUCGAUGAAGACUGCGUGAAAAUUCUGAAAAAUUGUUGGAAGUCACUACCAGAGAACGGUAAAGUUGUUGUGAUUGAACUAGUCACUCCUGAUGAAGCGGAGAAUGGGGACAUUAAUGCGAAUAUUGCUUUUGAUAUGGAUAUGCUGAUGUUCACUCAAUGUUCUGGUGGAAAAGAAAGAUCACGAGACGAGUUUGAAGCUUUAGCUGCAGCUUCUGGUUUCACUCAUUGCAAAUUCGUUUGCCAGGCCUAUCAUUGCUGGAUCAUUGAGUUUUGUAAAUAAAAUGUGUAAGAUAUAAAAACUAAAACGUCAAAACUGUUAAUUCAUCUUCGUUUCAUUAUGUGAUGAUCAUGCUUCGAGUGUGUGUUCAAGCAAAUAUGAAAUAAAAGAAUAAGUUUUUUGGUUUA